GCCAUUUUACAAUUAUCAAACACACACACAAUACAAAAAGACGCCUGCCAUAGAAAACACCGCCUACAGGAGGCCUGAGGUAAUUAAUCAGACCAAACCUGAGGUAAAAGCAAGGUGCUAUCAGUGUGGGAAGUCUGAUCAUCUAAAAUACCAAUGUCCUCUUUUAAGAAGAGAUAAAACAUCCUUCUUUAUGAAUAAAGAGCCCAAAGAAAAUACUCUUAAUGGUGAUAUUAAGUUGCUAAGCAGUACUGAGACUGUCCCUAAGGAGAAACAAUGUUUAUUUAUUUUAUCCGAUGAUUUUUCUGAAGAUUAUUUUGAGCCUAUCACUAUUGUGAACCAACAAAAACAAGGUUGGAGGGAUACAGGAUCCCAGGUGUGUGUUAUCCACCCAAAAUCGGUACCUCAGAAAUAUCAAAAGCCCACCUCUGAGAUAAAUCUAAAGGGUUUGGGACCAGCUGUACCAGCUGAGGUAGUAUCUCUCCCAAUUGAAUACAAUGGAUGGAAAGGGAUCUGGGACUUUGCAAUUAGCUCAGAUAUCCCUCAUGAAUGUUUAAUCGGCAAUGACCUAGCUAGACAAGUUAAGAACUGGAAAAAGUUGUGUGAGGAGAAGGAAGAUUACAACAGAAGCCCUAUUCAGGAAGCAGUGUGCUUACCUAUUCAACCGGAAUCUGAACAGGGUCCAGAAUCCAGUUCCACCAUUACCGAAAUUGUUAGUAAAACAGGGGGAGUUCAAGAAAUUAAACAAGCUCAGGAGGAAGAUGAAUCCCUGAAGCCUUUGUUUAAGCAAGCUGAAAGUUUACCAGAAUCAGCAGGAGAACUACCCAAUAAAUUUGUCACAAAAGAUGGUGUGUUUUACAGAGAAAGCAAAAGUGUGGAAUCAGAAGAAAGGUCAGAAAUACAUAGUCAGAGUUUCACUGAAAUUGAAAGGCAAGCGCAGGUGGCUGAGAAACUGAAGGAGCAACAGGCUGCGGAGUACAAGAAGCAAGCAGAUGAAGCCUUAGUGGCCUCCAUGAGACGGACGUAUCAAGAGCUACACGUUGAUCAGAAAAAGGAGGAGAAAAAACUUCAAAACCUGGAAGGGAAGAAGUGGGAACAGGCAGAGCGGCUGGGCAUGGGCUUGGUGUCCAGGAGCUCUAUUUCUCACUCUGUCCUCUCUGAGAUGCAAGUGAUAGAACAAGAAACGCCAGUGACUACAAAGUCCACACGGUCCCAGCUAGAUCUCUUUGAAGACAUCGGAAGCUUCACAUCUGGACCACCAAAGUACAAAGAUAAUCCUUUUUCAUUAGGCGAUGCCUUCAGCUCACAGUGGGAGACAGACAACUCCUCUUGGGAAAUGGACAAAGGGGAAGAGGAGGCAGACAUUGCCAUCUCCAGCAUCCGGCCUAUUGGUGACAGACCCAUUAACAGAAGAGAGACAGAGAGCAAGAUAUCAGUAGUGGAGUCCAAUGAAGCUCAGCAGAAGUUUGCAGGGGCCAAAGUCAUCUCAUCUGAUAUGUUCUUUGGACGGGAAGCUGAUACAGUUCCAGUGGCUGAAUAUUUGACCGAUCUUCAGUCAACAAUGAGAGUGACAAGAGACAUCGCACAAGAACAUCUAGCUGUAGCCCAGCAGAGACAGAAGAGCUACUAUGACAGGUCAGCCAAACCAAGAAGCAAGCGGAGGUUAUUUUCCGAUGGAGAGAGUGGUAAAGACCCUGACGUGAUGGGGAUUGGUAGUUUUAACCAUCAACAGUUUACUUUCAAGAUUCUACAAAAAUGUUUGGACAAUGUUUCGCAGGACUUCUUAAAUGACUCUUGGAAGUUUCGCAAAAAAACAUUUUGGGACAGAGAGAGUUCAUUGUGUUGCUGGGAAGGACGAGUGUAAUUAUCCCCAACAACAUGUUAACCUCUGGAAUGCUCCGCAGAGUGAAACAUCGAUGAACUGUGCCAGGUGGCAUGAAGAAGAUCCCUAUGAAAUGUACUGAGUAUCGGAAGAUGUUUAGUCCAGUGUAUAAAUAAAGACUUGGGGAAUAACCCUGAAUGAAAAUUAAACUGUUACAAAUAUGAUUUAUGGAAAAUGUAUUUUUAAAAUGUCUUUUGAUUUGAGGUUGUGAAUCUUAACAAUGGGAAAGAUGACCAAUACGUUUAUGGUUUGUAUGUUGAAUGGAGACAAUGUCAAAGGAACUAACAAUAAAUUAUUAAGAUGGAGUUUAACCUUACAGGAUUUUGUUUAUGACAUUAUACACAUUACAGGUAAAAAGAACGUGGUAGCGGAUGCACUAUCUAGGGUAACUUGAAUGAUGAAGGUUUGUAUUUUAUGAUUUAUGUAUUGUAUCUAACUUUGUGUUUUAUUUCAGGAAUACUGUUGUGUAUGUAUAUAUGUAUUUAUUAAUUAUUUUUGCCCAUUCUAGGCAUAGAAAAGGCAAAAAUAAUCUUUCUAAGGGGGGAGGUGUAGAGAAGUUAUGUGUAAAACAGAGAUUAUUGAUAUGAUUUUAUUUAUUUGUUUGUUAAAGAAAAAAGAGUUAUAUACUAGCAAGGAAAAGCCUAACAUGGAAACUAGCUGGAAGCAGCAUUUGGUAGGUUGCCAUGGUAACACAGCCUCCCUUGGGAGAAAAGGGGCGUGGCUAAGAUGACAGUUGGAGCAUAUUCCCUUUUAAAAGUUCAGUUGCUGUGAGGGUUUUAAAAGGAGUGGCUGUUAGGGGUUUGAGAAGAAGAGUUGCGGUUAGGUUUUGGAAAGAUUAGGAGCUGUGGAAAUCAGCUAAGGACGGCAGCUUAUGGUCACUCAGGGGAAAGGCUGGGAAUAUAAGCUGACCAGGGGAGUUUAGUAUACUGUUUUGAAGAGAAGUUAUUUAAGAAAUAUCCAUUCAAGAAAGACUACAUUGUAACUUAAGAUCCGGAACGUUUACUGAUUGAAACCAUACGCUUAUGUACCAAAAAUAAACUUGAAUUUUGUUAUUGUUCAUAAAGAUAA